GUAAACAGCUGCUGGCAAAUCUGUUUUAAAAUAUUUAACUCCUGGCUGAUGAGAAUCAUGUGAACAUCAAGAGGUUAAAGGAUGACUUGAGAAUAUAAAACUGCAUGCCUAUUUACUCAACAGUCUGAUGAAAUAUAAGCAACAUUAAGGAUGUUUGUCCAAGAACUGUCAAGCUGAACCUCAUAAAAACUGUGAGAACUGGAGUAUGAGAAGCAAUCGAAUAUUUUAAAUUGGCUGUGGAUCUACAAAACUAUUUUCAAAAUAUCAAAUAAGGAUUUUUGCACUAGUGCUUCAUGCCAUCUUCAAGUGCCUUUCCUUUUUAUUGCCAUUAUUGCCACCAAUUUAGUGGUGUGCCAUGAGGAACUGCCCAAGUUUUACUUUUUGUUAUUAAAGUGCAUAUAAACACUUGGUGAGCUGAAGGAAAGGCCCCUCCACGAUGAAAGACCGGUUGGAGGAGCUGCAGCAAAAGGUUCAAGAGGCCCCAACAGAACAUACAAAUCCAUUCUCAGUGGAUGGGAAUGAGGAUGAGUCUGUGGUUGUUGGGGGCAUCACACCCCAGGCUGUGGUGUUCGAAGAGGAGCCCGUCAUUCAGAACUUCCUCUCCGAGGCUCAGAAAAUCAGAGAUGACAUUUCAGUGCUAGAAACAGAGGUCUUUAAGUUUGGUCAGCAGCAAAAGACUCUGGUGGCAACAAUGCGUCGAUUCAGUGUGAUGAAGAAAGAGAGCAGCAUAACACGAGACAUCAAACUCCAGGCUGAAAGCCUCCACCGGCGUUUAGACGCCCUUUCAAAACAGGCCCAGAGAACUGAAAAGCAGCAGGGGCCGACUGCUGUUACAGCAAGAAUCCAACGUUCACAGUACGCAGCUCUGCACAGCAAAUUCCAGCAGGUGAUGCGCCAGUAUAAUGAAGGUCUGCUGACCAAGCAGGAGUGCUGUAAGCAGUUCAUUAUGCGGCAGCUGGAGGUAUCCAACAAGAAAGUUACAGAGGAGGAGGUGAAUGAGAUGGUCGUCACAGGAAACUGGGAGGUGUUCAACGAGAACCUGCUAAACGAUGCCAAGAUCACACGUUCACAAUUAUCUGAGAUCGAGCAGCGGCACAAGGAGCUGUUGAGCCUGGAGAACAAUAUGAAGGAGCUGAGAGAUCUUUUUAUGGAUAUCUUUAUUCUAGUAGAAGAACAAGGAGCCAGUAUUGAGCACAUCCAAACCAAUGUUGAAAGGACACAGGACUAUGUAGCUGCAACUAAUGAGAAGUUUAAGAUGGCUGUGAGGUAUAAAAAGAAGAACCCAAUUCGACAGCUGUGCUGCUGCUGCUGCCCUCCCUGGAGAUGCUGCUUGUAAAAGGCUUCCUCAGAGACUGUUUCAAAAUUUAAGCUUUAUUUCAAAAGUUCCUCUUACCUGUUCAAAGUAGGCAACACUGGACACAUUAAAGGGAGGGUAAUGGUGCUGCAGUUUUAGCUGUUGGACAGAGUGUCGGCGAGGAGAGACUCAGCAGAGCACGGAAAACAAUUAAGAGGGGAGGGCGCGAGUUGGUAUGGGAAGCACUUGUUUCUUUCAAGAGCAGAUGAAGCAGCUGCUAUUGAAAGAGACAGGUUGGAGAGUGCUGCUCACCAACACUGUUGCUUAUUGGAGACCUCCACUGUCAACUGACAGAGGUCACAAAUAAGGA